AUGUCAGCUCCUCCGCCACCUCCUCCUCCUCCGGCGCCGCCAAUGGGCGGGCCGCCCUCGCAGGCGCCGGCAAAGCUGCCAAAGGUGACUCCCGACAGAGACGCGCUGCUUGGCGACAUCCGCAAGGGCAAGGCGCUGAGAAAGGCCGUCACCAACGACCGGUCCAAGCCCAUGGUCGGAGGGCUUGCAGACUCGUCUGCGUCUUCACCAGCAAUCGGCACCCCCAGCGCGCCGGCUGUGCCCUCUGCGCCAGCAGUCUCCGCGGGAGUGCCGCAAUUGGGCGACAUCUUUGCCGGUGGAAUGCCUAAACUCAGACACAGAGGUGACAGCGCAAAGGCACCAGCAGCGCCAGCACUACCGGCCACGCCCGUGCCAGCGGUGCCUGCGGUGCCCUCGGGGCGCCCAAAACGCGACUCCAAGAAUAUAAGCGCGCCUCCCGUCCCAGGAACCGCGCCGCCAGUGCCAGCAGUGCCAACGUCUUCGGCACCUCCUGUUCCUGGCGCACCGCCGCCAGUGCCUUCGUCUGCAGCGCCGCCGCCGCCUCCGCCUCCCUCUUCGUCUGCCCCGGUGCCUCCCCUGCCGGCCACAUCGGCUCCACCUCCACCGUCGUCAUCAACAGUCCCCCCUCCACCACCAGUUCCAUCUGCCCCGGCAUCACGCCCACAGACCACCUCUUUCGGGCCCUCGAAGUUACCCACACCAGCCGCCAACCCUGGCCCUUCGCCGGGCGCUCUCCCGUUCCUAGCACAGAUCAACGCCAGAAGAGACGACUCGCACGUCGUCAGCGACGAGGACGUGAAGACAGAAAAUCCAGCACAGCCAAAGGUCCCUGCCGUGCCCUCCAUGGCCGCUCCGCCGGUGCCUGCGACGAGCGCGCCUGCUGCCCCGCCAACCCCUGCGGCAGCACCCCCAGCGCCGCCAGUGCCUGGCAUGGCCAAACCGCCUGCCCCACCCACCCCUUCAGCCCCGGCUCCCCCACAGCCACCUGUUCCGUCCGCUGCUCUGCCCUCUCCACCUCCUCCUCCGGCGCCAGCUCCCUCGCUGCCGGCUACCAAGGCUCCUGCUGCACCGCCUCCGCCUCCAGCCCCGGCUCCGCCUGCGCCGACUCCUCCCUCGCCCACGUACACCCCAUCGGUGGCGCCGACAGCCGCGCCGGCACCCCCUAAAGUGUCUGCUCCGGCUGUGCCAGCCACGAAAAAAGCUCCUCCUCCACCACCGCCAGCAGAGUCCAAACACAGAUUCACGCUCUCGCGCUCCAAAGCGCCCGACGAGAACAAAAUCAACACCCAGCAGGCGGUCGGGUCGGACCUGCGCAAGAUCGACGCCUCGAUCUACACCAUCGGAGCACCAGCCACCUCGACAAAGAUCCAGAUCGACGAGUCGCGGUUCCACUUCACAAACGAGGCAGACCUGCCCAAACCAAGACGCUUCGAAAACAAACAGAAACUGUAUCCGUCCGGAAGGGGCAGCUCUGUGCCGCUCAACCUUUCUCUCUACACCUGA